AUGAACAAACUAUCGGAAAAUACAAUUAUUGACUUAAGAUCCCCUUCGACCGAUUCUUCCGGAGCUUCAUUUACAUCAAAUUAUUCUAGAGCUACAACCAGAAGUUCAAUCUCGCCGUCUCUAACUUCAAGAUCAUCUUCCCGUAAUGAAUUUUACUCCAGAUCUUUUGGUCCAUCCUUGCCGUCCUCGCACUGCAUAGAAUCACCGUAUCCUUCCCCAAUAUCUUCAACAUCAUAUCACGUCCAGUCAUCAGUAUCCACACACCAACAAUCCUCACAGGCUUCACCUCAAUAUCACGUCCAAUCCACGGGUACUUCAGAUCCUCCCACAUUAACUUCAUACCAACAACAAUUGCAUUAUUUAACACAAUAUCACGUCCAGUCACCAGAGCAUCCAUAUUAUCUUACAUCAUUCACAAACCAACCAUCCUCGCAGGCUUCACCUCAAUAUCACGUCCAGUCUACAAAGUCUACGCCAACUGCACACCAAGAAUCAUUGCACUCUUCACCACAAUACCUCGUCCAGUCACCAGAGCCUCCACGUAAAUCAUCCACACACCAACGAUCCUCGCAGCCUUCACCUCCGCACACCUUCGAAUCCGCAUCAACCCACAACACUCCACAUCAACCCCAACCCACAGCAUCUACACACCAACAGUUAGGUACAUUAUUUUACCGCCAACAGGGCCAUUCCUAG